AUGUCACCCACGGAUGAAAAUGCAGCUAUGGUAAAGAGGAAGCCAAAUGAGCAAAAUUAUACGGCCAAUCCCAAAAUAUCGAGAUCAGUUAAAGCAAGACCUAAGUAUUUCGACGUUCAAGUUGAAGAAGAUGGAUGGGUUGGAAUCCGCUUGCACGAAAAAUUGGUAGCAAAUUGUCAAAUAUUUAAGUAUGUCUUGGGAUGGAUUCAAGCUUGGGCGAGUAAAUUGCAAAGAGAAACCCGAAGGGCAAAUCUUGUGCACUACGCAACAGACCGCCUCGAGGAUCUAAUUUCUCAAGAAAAUCACACCCAAAGAGUAAAGUGUAGAUUUUGCGAGGGUUUGUCGACUUGCCCUCUUCAAUCUCACAACGUAACAUCAGAACAAGCCACUCCUGAAAUGAAAAGUACAGAGAACAGCAACGAGAAAAGAUUUGAGGAUGUCAGCCGCGAUCAGUUCAACGCCAACAAGUUGUUCGAAGUCGAUUGGCGCGGUGCAGAAACUCCAAUCUAA